GCGCAGGAGCAGAAGAGGCUGCUGAGAGGAAGGGAAGGCGGAAGGUCCGGAGUCUUGGUUGGAGCCGUGCGCGGGGGCCCGUCAGCGGAGGGAACCGGGAGGCGGACUGAACGGGCCCAGCGAGGGAUGACAGGGCGUUGCCAAGUUGGAUUGCUCCUUUACUUGUAAAGAAAAACCCAAAACCCUUUCAAAGUUGACAAAUCCAUCAAUAUCUUCCACGGUGACUGGUGCAAUACAGACUGCUUAACUUUUUGCAACGUGCUUUAUACUUCAAGCUUUCAUGAAGCUCAGCUGCUGCCUAUUGACUUUGAUUCUCAGUGCUAGUGUUUCUGCACUAGAAAAUGUGGCCUCCAACCUGACAGCUGCUACUGGGUCAAGGUUCCUUCCUCUUGCAUCAUUUCUUCCCACCCUACAAGCCUUCACAAAAUCGGCAGUACCUCAAGAUAUCAUAGUGAAAGAAGGUAACGGUGCUUUCAUUGAAUGUAAGCUGAACAUCAGUCAGCAUAACACCAUCCUUUGGUUCAACUCAAAAGGGCAUCUACUGAAGCAGGAUGGAGAGGAUGGAAGAUGGCUGAUCUCUAACAGUACCCUUAAUAUCACAAGUGUAACCUUUGGUGACCGGGGGCGAUACAGUUGUGUUGUCACUACCCAAAAUGGCUCUUUCUAUUACUCAGUCACCCUCAGGGUGGUCUCCACAUCUGGGGACAUGGGCAUUUACUACAUGAUUGUCUGCCUGGUUGCCUUUACUAUCACCCUGAUCUUAAAUAUAACACGUCUGUGCAUGAUGAGCAGCCACCUCCGCAAGACAGAGAAGGCCAUCAAUGAAUUCUUCAGGACUGAAGGGGCCGAGAAACUACAGAAGGCCUUUGAAAUUGCCAAACGCAUUCCAAUCAUUACCUCUGCCAAAACGCUGGAACUGGCCAAAGUCACCCAGUUUAAGACUAUGGAAUUGGCUCGAUACAUUGAAGAGCUAGCCAGAAGUAUCCCUCUUCCGCCACUAAUCCUUAACUGUAGGGCCUUUAUGGAAGAGAUAUUUGAAGCAGUGAGAGUCGAUGACCCUGAUGAAAUUGGAGAUGGAGUCAAACAGACACAAGCCCUCGGUGUCCAAGACGGACUCUAUCCCUUAAACCCAGAAAUUAAGCGCAGUAAUUCACCGACCGCAGACUCGGAUGAUGGUUCUAUAAAUGACCAUGGUAAAGAAAUAGCUGUUGAGGUAUCCAUCCACCUUCAGUCAGAAGCACAAAGCAUUGACACUGUUUCCAACGACAGUGUUCCCUCCAUACCUUCUGAAGAUGAUGCAGGUGCUGAAUCCAGUACAGCAGCAAAGGCAGGUGUAUGAAAGCUUCAUCUGGAAACUUCAAGAAAAAAGGGGAAGCAAAAAAAAAUGCAGCUGGAGUCACAAAUGCACAAAACCUUAUCUCUUUUUAAAAACUCCAGUGGCUAUAAGGUGCUGAACAUUUAGCAAAAGUAUGGAUUUUUCUUUUGUAACAUAUCUCAGUGUUCACCAACCAAUUAGGAAAACAGCUUAAAUCAUGCUUUUUAAACAUUUUAAAACAUUCUCCUUGGUAGGAAUGCUGCUGGGGGCAUUUUACAGAGGGGAUAGUUUCUCCCAGUUUUUGGGAACUCCAGUUAACAUCAACAAAAAAGCAAGAAUACAUUGGCAUAAACUGUUUUUGCCAUUCUUACAGGGAAGCUUGAAUUCCUGAAUAUGUCCAGUGGUGAUUUCAUAGUGUGAAGGCAUAGUUCACUAGAAUAGUGCUUGUGUCUUGCUUGUCUGAAUUUAUAAUAUCUGAUCAAGCUUAUCUGAGUUUGUAAGAAACAUACCUUUUAGCAUUUGUUACAAAUGGGGUUAUUACACUUUUAAAAUGAAGAGUUGGAUCCAGACUGACUCAUGUUUAGAGUAGACCUAUUGCAAUCAGUGACUUAAGUUAUCCUGAGCCCAGCCUUAUGUCAGUUAGCUAUGAAAUUACCAGAGCUGCCAGUUUGUCAUGUUGUUCAUGUUCGCGUACGUUGCAAUCACAUGCAAUACUUGAACUAGAAAAUGGAAACCAAAUGCAAAAUUUGGCAUCUGAAUUUCUCAUAGCAGCCAAGAAGUGGUAAUUUGGUUGUUUUAAAUGUGCUGCUGCUUGCCAAGCAGUUCAAAAAAGGCCCUGUCUGUUUGGGUUUUUUUUUAGUAAAGCUCCAGAUGUCAGCAUUUCAAGUAUUCUCUCUUCUCUGACACUGCUGAAAUUCCAAUGUGUUCUAGUGCCAUCAGUAUUGCUAGGAGGAAAGCAGUGACAACUUAAACAGUUAUGAUCUUGUUGAAGAGUUUGCAGUAAACUCUCACAUUUAAAAGGGAAAUAAAACCUCUUGGGUUUCUCAGGCAGUUGUUUCUGAACAAUAUUUAUAGGAGGCAAAUGUGUGGGGCCAGAGUCUUUGGAACUAGUCAUCACCCAGUGGACAUGCCUAACACUCUCCUAGUGAUUCAGGUAGGUAGCUGUGUUGGUCUCCUAAUGUACAUUUGUGUUUGAUGAAAUGCAGCCAUGGGUGGAGAAUGAUUGGGGUAUAGGAAAUGUGCAGGUGGAUGAGGAGGUUGUGGCCGGCUUUUGCAUGAACAUAUGCUGUAUGACAUUCUUUGGCACUUUAGUAAAAUCUGAUGAAUGCAACAAAGGCUAAAUACUCUGAAUAAUGUAGCUGGUUGGCUUCCUACUUGGCCCAUGUUCUUUUUUGUCUUUCAUGUGGCCAUAGAUGUGCAAACCCAAUUUUGUGAUAGAAAUGUGCCUCUGCUAGCUGCUCAUUAAGCUCAAAUAAAGGCAGACUCUAGCUUUCGCUAUUUGGUGCUUGUUUCCCCCCCCCUUUUAUACUUUAAGAGUGUUUCACUUUAAUUGCAUCUUAUAUUCAGUUUUGCUUUAACACAUAGAAAGCUUGCCUACAUUUUUUCACUACUUAAAACAUAAUGCCAUAUCGUUUCAACAGUUGGGCAACGGGAGUUCCCAUUAAUUUCCUACAGCUCUUCUUCUGCUGUUUUAUUCAUGGAAUCUCAUUUGAACUAGCAAUCGCUGAAGGGGAAUAAACACAAUUUUCAGGCAGAUUUAGUGUUACGUCUAUAGCAGUAGAAGUGGAUGGCAAACAGCAACAGUAAUUCUACCUAGGAAAUGGGAGUCAUUGGCAGUAAUGCUUGCUGUGUAACUCAUACAAUGAGUAAGUGAUAUUUACCUGUCAGAAUUUUGCUUCAAUUUCUUCUGACAAAAGUUCCUAAAGCAAAAUAGAGAUGGUGCAGACACUAACUUGCCAGUGGGAUAUAUCUGAGUUUCCCCUAACCUCCAAAAGUGCUCUUCAAAUUAAGUUGCUUGCUUCUGGCCCUUGCUUCAUGCUCAAGUGGCCCAUUCUCCACUUGACUGCUGCUUGCUGUGAAGCAUAAGCUAGACACCUGCUUGGGAAUGCAAAUAACAGGUAGAACCUCUGGGUCAGGAGCUAGCACAUCUACACUCCACCCAGGCCCUGUUCAUUCAUUACUCGCAUGUAGGGUGUAAUUGUGUUUCCAUGUAGCAGGGCUGUGCUUUUUGCCCUGCCCCACCCAUAUCAUGCCUCCUUCCUCAAACUAUUGCAGACAAGCAGGAGGUCACAUGUUAUAGCUUCUGUUCAGUAGUGGGCAACUUGGUUGUUUGAGGAAGGAGGUGUGACAUCACGGGGGGCAGGGCUAAAAACAUAUACCCUACUUCAAGGAAACACAGCUGUGUCCUACAUCAGGCAUGUCCAACUCCCAAGAGACUGCAAUCUACUCCCACUAUAAAAAAACUGGCAGUGAUCUACCCAUUGGAUUGACCAAAGUUGUUGAGCUUUGUUGGGGGGGGAGGGCAAGGAUCACGCAAUCGACCAGGGACUCCCUGCGAUCGACCGGUAGCUCGUGAUCGACCUGUUGGACAUGCCUGUCCUACAUGUAAAUAAAGCUGCAGUAUUCAUCUGUUGACUCCUGGGCUUUCCACAAUGUUUCCUGUACUACCUGGCUCUAUCCUAAAGAUAGAAUCUGUGGACUGAUGCAUAAUAGCUUCACUUACGUAAGCUAAUCUGGCAGCAAUGAGUGAAAUUACUUUGGCAGGCUUGGCUGAUAAAUGUAUUCCUCUGGGAUUCCACUCUGUCCUAGAUCAUAAGAACAGGUCAAUUUAUUUUCAGUGUGUCUGUUAGAUGAAGAAAGUCUGCAGGAAGAAAUUAGAAUGUGGCCCCUGCAUCGUGCUGAAUACUGCAAGUAAGCAUUUAUCAGCAGCCCCAUCCUUGAAUGUUGAAGCACACAGUUCACUGUUUUGAUUGAGAGGAGAUGGUGUUUAAUAAUUUAGAAGCGUAGGCUCUUCUAACUCUGGAAACAAGUGAUUAAAUGUUUUCAAUCCCAACAAUUUAUUCCUACAGUUACUGUUUACAGCAGUAAAUUCUACAGGAUAUGGAUUCCACUGUGCCCAGUUAGCACUGCAAUGCUUACAUGGCAACAGAGUAAUUGCUGAAUGGAUUUGUAGGCCUAAUAGUCAAGUCAGAUUAUCAUAAUUGUCCUUGUGUAUCUGUAGAACAUGAUGUUCUACGUAUAAUAUGGAGGCACAACUAGAAAAUUUGGGGCUUCCAACCCAGCAGGUACAAUAUAGCAAUGUCUGACGUUUCCAUAGAAAAGUCGUUGGAAAAUUCCAAAUCAUAUGACACUGGAACCUGGGUAUAAGAUCUGCGCAAGACAAUAAUACUUAUUUCUGUUUUUCAAUUUCUGUGUAUGAAAAUAUAAUGUACAUUCAGGUAUACCGUUGAAAUAUUUUGAACUGAUAUCCUCUACCAGGAGUAAGGGGGUGGGCAAUGGGAAAAGCAGUUCCUCUGAAACCUAGAACAUGAUCACCAACCCGCACUCUCAUUGCUGGUAGACAGUCCAUAUUUGUUCUGUUCCAGGAUAGAAACUGUGAGGUUUAUUUUCUCUGGAAUCUUCUGUAAAUAAUUUACAUUUAUGACACAGGCAUAGGACCCCGCCUGUGCAACAAAGGCGCAACAGAAACAUACAGUAUAUUUUCAAGACUAAGUAAAAAGAAAAGUAUUAAAACUGGAUGCAUGAUAAAUUUGUUGUUGAGCGUGGAUAAGCUUUGCAAAAUGUUCUUGUGAUAUUGUUAAUUUAUAUGGAGAAGAUUGAUUGUGUUUGCAUUUGUUUGAUGCAGCUAACUAAAAAUGGAUGUAAGAUUACUCAGAUGGCCAACAAAAGGCAAGAGUCACUUGCAGAAUGCCCACUGACUCACUGAGUAUAAAUUAUACCGAUGCUUGACUUAAACUAAUGUCUCUUGUCAAUCAUGAAGUUGUCUUGUCUUGUUUCCUUAGCCUCUGAAUUUUGUGGCAAUCAUAACGAUCUACUGAAAUAGUAUUUAAAACGAUAUUGUAAUUUGCAUUCUGGAGGGGGCAGUGUCAAUUUUCUGUAACAGCACAGGAUUUCAUACUUUCAUAUAAAAAUAAGGUGGUGGGUUUCCCCCCCAGAAUAAAAUCCAUUAUUAAAAGUU